GGGCGGAAGGAGAAAGGGAGGGGGAGGGGAGGGGGAGGAGCCGUCAGGAGUCCGGCCCCUGCGAGCCUGCCCUGGGAGGCGGGGACCUGGAGCACCGAGCCUUACAGACAAGGAAACUGAGGGUCAAGGAGGCGGGUGCGGGGAGAGAGAAGUUCCGAGGCUAGCUCCCCGGGCGGGCGUCAUCAUCUCGAAGCGUCGGGGGCCUCUUACCCCGGCCCUCUGAACUGGGCUUUUUAAAGCUUGGGAGGACUGUGCAUCGCCAGCAUUGGUUUCCAUGAUGAGGAAGCUGAGAUCUGGAGAAGAGACUAUGGCAUGUCUCCCAGCCAGGAAGCCUCAGUGGCUUGGAGACUAGAACCCGGGUCUGCUAUCUACGUAGCGCGGGAAAACGGCAUUCAGCCUCACAAGUAACUGCGCCGGGGGCUGAGCUCUGCUCUGAUAUUUACGGCGCUGUCGAGUCCGCCCCCCACCCCCGCACCUAGCCCAGGCUUGCAGUUCCAUUCUGCGGAGUUCGGCGGCUCGGGGAGGGAAGGUGAGAGGGAUUCUGGAGUCUAAGUCGUCCCUCGCAGCUAGCUCAGGCCCCGCCCCUCAGCUCCGGACUUCCACUGGGCUCCGGGAUCUGAAGCUCCACUCCGCUUGGGGGAAGAGCCAGGAGGGUGGGAACCAGGCGUCCGGGCGGCCCCGCCCCGUAGGGGCAGGGGGUUGGGGGAAGCGAAGCGUCCUGGGCCCCUCCUGCCCCCGCAUGGAGGGGACCCCGGAGUGCUCGGCGCCCGACUUGCGGGACGUGGAGGGCAAGGUGGGCCGGAAGACUCCCGAGGGGUUGCUCCGCAGUUUGCGGGGCGAGGGAGAGCCAGUUUCCGCGCUGCUGCAGCCUUCUCGAGGGAUGCCAGAAGCCGGCCACGGCCUCGGUCUGGGCGACAAGGUCACGGCGCUGAGGUUAGAGCUGGCUUACCUUCGAGCCAUUGAUGUGAAGAUCUUGCAGCAGCUUGUCACAGUGAAUGAGGGCAUUGAGGCAGUCCGCUGGCUGCUGGAAGAGCGAGGGGCCCUGGCUAGCCGCUGCAGCAGCCUCACCAGCAGCCAGUACAGCUUGACGGGGGGUAGCCCAGGAGCCUGCUCCCACCGGGACAGCUGGGAGAGCCUGCCUGACCCCACUCCCACCACCACCACAGCUGCAGCUGUCGACCAGCUGGACAGCGUCUCCAUUGGCAGCUACCUGGACACACUGGCCUCAGGGGCUGAGCCCGAGGACGAAGGGCUCUCCGAGGCUGGCCCCCGACAUCCUCCGACUGGCAUGACUUGGGCAAAGGCUCCUCCCUCAGAGGAGAGGUUGUGGAUAGAGGCUGACACGGCAUCGGGGGCCAGGUCUGGGCAGAAGCCUCCUGGAGAGGAGGUCCCUGAGGAUGUCAGAUCUGGCCUCAGCUAUGGGGCCCACUGGUACUGGGGACGGUGUCAGGAUGAUGUGACAUUCUUGUAGCAGCAGCCCCAGGCCUCUCAUCUCCUCCAAUCUGUCCCCUUCCUUUCAUUCUCUGAAAUGAGGAGACAGUUUGGUUUCAAAGGUCACUUCUGACUUUAAAUUUAAGAUCUGAAGGUCUGGAGGAAGAGAUUGGAAACUAGGCCCCAAGAUGUUCCUCAGGCCAGCCUUCCUCUCCCCCAGCUCUUCCCUCACACGAGGUACUGUUUCCUAUGUCCUGUCCUCAUGCUUCAGGAAAUCAGCCAGAUGUCAACGUUGGCCUAAUGAGGGGAGGCUGGUGGAUUGGGUGCCAGAGAUGGGUUAAUGUUGCCCACCCCUUCCAAGCUAGACUCCCCCAGUUGUUAGGUGGGGGGUGGGAGGAGCCAGUGUGGAAGCUCCUCCCCAUUCUCUACAAAGUCACCUAGAGUGCUGGGUGGUAACUCACCACUUCCCUGCAUCAGGGAUAGCAUAGCUGUCUAUGGAGGAGGUGGGAGGCCACCUCCCGAACCCACCACCUGAGGGCUAUAUCUUCCCAUUGACUGCAGGAUUGGAAUACCUGACUGGGUUAACAUCACUUCCUGGUGGCCAAGCUUCUCCUUGUCCCUUCCUGGGAGUGACAGGCCCCCUAAUUCCCAUGGGCUCCCUCUUCUUAGGAGUAAUGCCCUGAGACUUUCUGUCAGUGGGAGCCUCAUUUCCUCCUGGUCUCAACCUCACCAGCAGUUGGGGAGGAACCUCGUGCUGGUAUUCUUCUCUUCCUGCCCACAGUAGGGAGGAGGUGCAGGAUUCUGUCUCAGUGGCUAAGCCUGGCCUAACCUGACUCUCCUCUUCUCCUGCCCCCCUCCAUUUAUAUGCCAAUUCAUUAACCUUGGUCUCUCUGUCCAGUCUCAGUGCCAUGGGGCUUGAGCCUCAGGGUGGGGGGAGGGAGGGUUAGGUUAUCUGAGGAGAGGGAGAGGGAGAAAGUCUCCCAAUACUCAGUUUCAAUAAAGUCCAUUGUUGCCUGA